GCGCGCCCGACUGCCGCUGAGGCCAGCGGGAGCCUUCCCUCGCCGCCCCGCCGCCGUGGGACCGGACGCACGGAGCCCGGGUAGCUGGGCGGCUCGCUUCCUCUCGGCUGCGGGGGCGUCCAGCCCGCGCGUGCGCAGCGCGAGGCGAGCGGGCCGGGACCCCUGCCGAGCCAGCGCAGGGCGGCCGGGCAGCCCGGAGGCCAGCCGGGAUGAGGUUCCCAGCGCUGCAGCGCCACUGAGGAGGAGGCGCGGGAGCCAAGGGUCUCCGGCCGGCCGCCGCGCGUGAGGCCAUGGCGUUCCUGACCGGGCCGCGCCUUCUGGAUUGGGCUAGCUCGCCGCCGCACCUGCAGUUCAAUAAGUUCGUGCUGACCGGCUACCGGCCGGCCAGCAGCGGCUCGGGCUGCCUGCGCAGUCUCUUCUACCUGCACAACGAGCUGGGCAACAUCUACACCCACGGGCUAGCCCUGUUGGGCUUCCUGGUGCUGGUGCCAAUGACCAUGCCCUGGAGUCAGCUGGGCAAGGACGGCUGGCUAGGAGGCACACAUUGUGUGGCCUGCCUGGCCCCCCCUGCAGCCUCCGUGCUGUAUCACCUCUUCAUGUGCCACCAAGGAGGCAGUGCUGUGUACACCCGGCUCCUUGCUCUGGAUAUGUGUGGAGUCUGCCUUGUCAACACCCUUGGGGCCCUGCCCAUCAUCCACUGUACUCUGGCUUGCAGACCCUGGCUUCGUCCAGCUGCCCUGAUGGGUUACACUGCACUUUCAGGGGUAGCCGGCUGGAGGGCCCUCACUGCCCCUUCCACCAGUGCCCGGCUUCGAGCCUUUGGUUGGCAGGCCGGGGCCCGCCUGCUGGUGUUUGGGGCACGUGGAGUGGGGCUGGGCUCAGGGGCCCCAGGCUCCCUGCCCUGCUACCUGCGCAUGGAUGCCUUGGCACUGCUUGGAGGGCUGGUGAAUGUGGCGCGUCUGCCAGAGCGGUGGCGGCCCGGUCGCUUUGACUACUGGGGCAACUCUCACCAGAUCAUGCAUCUGCUCAGCGUGGGUUCCAUUCUCCAGCUUCACGCUGGUGUCGUACCCGACCUGCUCUGGGCUGCCCACCAUGCCUGCCCCCCAGACUGAGCUGCCUCCUAGCUGCCAAGCCAGCCUGCCCACAGCUUCCUGAGACAAGUAAUACCACCUUUCCUCCUUCUGCUGGUCUGCAAGGGGCUGGUUCCCUGGAAGAACCAGCACGCGGGACUUCCUAGCUGGGAGACCACUCCUCAUUCUUCCCUGUGGAUUAACAUCUUCUUGACCCAGGCCUUCAAAUUGGAGCUACCCACCUUCAUGCCAUCUUCCCUCCAGGGUACUGUUUCACUGUCAGCUAGAAGGAAAACCUUCUUUCUUUGAGCCUCAGUUUACCCUUUUUGACCUGUGAGUCUCUGAGUUCAUGUCUGACAGUUGAGCCCAGAACCAGUACCCCUAUCUUGCUGCUCCCACAAGACACCUCCUGGAUUCUUGAACUAGCCUCGCUGCCCCUGCUUCCUGGCCUCCAUCUUCCUGCCCUGCAUGCCAGACCUCUCAGCAGCCAGAACUUAACCAUUCCUGUCAUUCCUGCAAUCAGGAUGCAGGGCAGUGGGACCAGGACCUUCUAUCAGGACCACGUGGGCAUUGGUCCUGUUGUAUUAUCUGGCUGAGACAUGAGGGGGGCUGCUGCUUUUCCUAGGCAACAGGCACAGAUGUGGAAUGGAGGCUUUGGAGUCAGGCAUCACUGGACCAAGGACUCACUCCUUCAGUGCCAUGGUCUGACUGAUUGACCUGCCCACCAGAGACACGUCUGCUCAGGAAAACUCUAUACAAUGGAUGGCCCAAGGGCACUCUAUAGCAGGGUGCCACCUCACAGCCAGCUUAUCCCAGAGGCCUAGGACCCUGGGCAACAUCAAUAAAGGGACAAGAAGCGCUGUGUUGCCAUAUGAGCAACCUUGGGUGCUCUCAAGACUCAUUACUUUUUAUUAGAGACAAGUUUCUGGGGAAGAGGUAGGCAAGAGGGUCAGAGGUUUAAAAGCACCAAGGCUGGGCCUAUGGCUCAGGCUGGGUCUAGCGAGUCCUCAAACAAGCUGAGGAGGUUCCUUGGCUCAAAGGUGGGGCAGGGACCUCUGGGAGGCUCUGAAUCCAUGUCAGUUAGGUCCAGGGUAUCCCUUAGGGGAGGGAAAAAAAAGAAAUAAGACUUUGGAUCCCAAAGCCAACCGUGUCCAGCCCUAGGCUCUGGGCUUGCUCACCUCACCUUGGUAUGUACCUGCCCCGAGGGGUAGAGGUUCUCCUUGUGAUCCGGGACAGGAUGGUCUCUGGGGAGAGUGAGGGACUACAAGGAAGAAGACAGGACAAGCAGGAUGCUGAGGGUUGGGGAAGGUGCAAGGCCAUCAUUGAAACAAUAAAGAUUGACAGCUGUCAAGUCCUCCCAUUUGA